CAGACAUUACUUCAAAAAAGAAUAUAACUACGUCAUACACAUGUUAAUCGAUGUCUUUAAAUUCUGCUAAGUCGUUGGUGUUCCUGACUGAUUCAGGCAACCCAUUCCAUUCUCUAAUGACACGAACGAAUUUCUCCUAGCGAAGCAUUAAAAGCCGGAAUGGUUCAGUGUCUACAUAUUAGGAUUGCCACGUGGAAAGUCUGGUUCCUACCCUUCCUCUGUGUUUCUUCUACAGACUUUCGAUCAGACUGCCCAACAAACUGGUUUGGACCAAACUGCCAAUUCAAAUGCCAUUGCAACAAUGGCUGUUCUCUGACUGGGGAGUGUACGACUGACGGCGUGUGCGAAGGCGGAUACUUCGGCUACCUCUGCCAGUACCGUGACCUUGCAAAAGAAUUAGAUCAAACGGCCCCAGAACUCACAGACAAUGAAGACACUACAUGCCUUAACGAUAACCCGCAGUCCGUCUCGAUGCAGAUGCUGCCUGGACCAUUUUCCUUUUUUAGAGUUGUUGUGAACAAAGCAAGAGCAGAGGCUGUGGAUCUGAUCACUUUUGAACUUCUGAAUUUUAAUACAAAAGUUACGUGUGAAGAUGGUAGUUACUCCUAUAAAACAGAGUUAUUCAUCAAAUACUUCUACUGUAUGACCGCAACGAGUGUCACCCACUUGGUGCUUUCUGGAAACGGAGUUCCAUAUCUCUGCACAGUCAACAUUGGCGGGGGUCGUAACCUCGCUUUGAAAGGCGCCUUCAAAUAUUCAUCCAUCUUUGAGGAAGGUAUCAAUGUGGCUGGCGGAGUCGACGGCGAGUAUCCUAGAAACGGAAUUUUUGAAAACUCGAUGUGUUUUCAGGCCAAUAUGUCGCAGGAAUAUUCUUUCUAUCAAGUCAAUUUUCAAGUUCCCGUACUGAUCGACUACUUUUUGCUCAUCAACAGACCAGAACCACUAUUUCUGAUGAGAAUGAAGAAUUUUGAGCUGAUCAGCAUUGAUGACAUGAACCAAACUCUCAUGCGUUUCGUAGAGGACGAUCCAGCGUUUUCCAACUCGAUUGUGUACAAAGUUGCCCACACCAGCAACCAGAUUCCACUUCUAUCUUUCAGAGUCCAGAAACAUAGGCUAAAUCUAAUGGACGUCCUUCAGUUUUGCGAAGUGGAGGCAUAUGGAGAUUGUCCCGAGGUCAUGGUAGGCUUGGACUGUGCUGAUCUUUGCAAUUUCAAAUGCGUGGACCAGAGAUGCGAAACUUCAGGAAGAUGUGUUCAAUGUCACGCAGGUUUCUAUGGAGAACAUUGCGAUUUAGAAUGUUUACAUUGUGCAAGUCGGAACUGCACACGAAGAGAGGGCUACUGUAUUGAUGGUUGUCUUCAAGGCUAUCUUGACAACAACUGCACCACUGCUUGUUACCAUUGCAUGGAGGAGCUCUGCGAUCAGCGGUCUUUAACAUGCCGGAGAGGGUGCAAAGAAGGAGUGGCCGCAAUCGGUUGUACUGCGGCUGCCUCAAUGAGUGCUAAAACUGAUGAGUCCAGCUCCUCCAGCUUUUACAUCGUCAUCCCACUGUUCCUUAUAAUCGCAGUAGCAGCAUUGUUGGCCUUACUGUGGAAAAAAAAAACAUCUCCGAUUACUGCCUUGGAGUGAUGACAAAUUAUCCUUAAAAAGUUUUUGCUUUCGUUUGUUUUAUUUCAUUUUUUGCUUGCUCUACUCUACUUAAAAUGGCCUAAUAUGUAGUCAUUGGUGUGAAAUAUUUGAUACAACAUUAUUGUUAUUUUGAGCCUAAUGUUUAAAUAAAUAAAUAAACAAGUAUAAUACAUU